AACAGAUAUGGCUGAAAUGGUGCGCCACCAUAGUCUAUGCAAUGCAUGAGAUUACCCAUAGUAAUUCUUUUCUAUAAUUUUUCAGGAUUUAAAAAAAAAAAAUUGGUUGCAGCAUCCAACAGAAAAGAAUACAAUGAUCUUGCUUCUUGGGUCAGGAGUGUCAGCAACCACAUGUGGUGGAGCUGUUGCACCUCCAAAGGAGAUGCAAAGGAGCUGCUCCGACGAUGGAUGUCUCUCCAACACCACAUCACUGGGGUUCAUCGCUGGGAAGAAAACGGAAUGGAAUACAGAUGUUUCCAUCAAGACUUGUCAGUAGAGGAACAAAGAACAAAUUUUCAGUACCCUUCAAUGAAGGCAUGCACUAUGCUAGCCAUUAUGAAUCACAAUGAGAAUCACUCCACAAAGCGGGAACAGGCAACAACAGCAGCUGGCCUCACAAGACACAAUGUUGUCUUUCAAAAGCAACCAAAGCACUGGAUUGCUAGACCAAUCUAUGUGAAGACGACUCAAAAAUUCAGAGAUGACCUCAUGGACAGAGUGAUCCAAAGAAAACUUGACCCCACAAUCAGAUUCAAAGACGCAUCAUCCCGUAUCCAAAUACCUCGCCUAGCUGCCAACAUUGCAUUGCAAACAAAGCCCAGCAAAGAGGAGGUCAUACAGUCACACACCUCAAGAUUCAAAGGUCCAUCGGAGCCAUUGUAA